UUAUUAAAAGGUGUACACAAUUCUCUAAUCAGACAGACAGUAACCUCUAAAAUCCACCGUUGUAGUGAAAUAAUAGGUUUCCCUUUCAUCGACGCGUAUUGUAUUGUUGUCCAUACUUUUAAGAUAUUUUGGUACGAAUUAUUUCAAGGUUUUUGUAGCGGAGUGAACUUCCUCGCGAGUUCAGUCGCCAUACUGUUGGUGAACUAACUACCGGACGGGCGUCGUCACCUUCAAUUCUUAAACCUGCCAUCAUCAGCCUUAGACGGCACUUUCAUGAUUUUAUUCAGCUGGCCUAAGGGACAAAUAUCCCCCAAGAAUUGUUUAUUGGAAGUAGAGCCGUUGGAAGGCCUACUGAUACAGUCUAUGUGUGCGUGCGCUCCAGACACUCCCCUUGAUAUUAGAAAUAGGCAGUUUAAUAGCAACCGGCAUCGUAAACUUCAGCCAUUCAGGACUUCGUGACUUGAACAAGCCACCCACCUCAAAAAUACGACAUCAUCCCAUUGCUUACUGGCACUCGCAGUGUCUUUGUAUUAAUUUGAUUUAGUAGCUGUUGUCCAUUUGUGGACACCAAGAACCCACUUAUGCUGUACCAAACAACAGAAGAAAGGCAGAACGAUCUUUUGGAGCACUGUUGCGCUCCUCCCAGUCAAAACCUGAAAUUUAUUCUAUGAAUGUGGCUCUCUCUACUGCCUCCAUACCGCUGCUCUUCAAAGAACUUGCAGUGGAUUGCUGACUAUCCUCAUGAGAACAGCAUCAAGCUACCACAAGUAGUUAAUUUUUGUCACUAAUUGUACUGGACAUAAUCAACAGUAUUUGAAAUCUUAGUUUCCACUUCAUCUACAAACAUUAACUACAGGUCUCUUUUCAUCAAGAAGAUUUCAUUAAACCACCAAGAUGUCGUACAACGUGAACCGAAAUGUCAUGGAUGCCUUCUACCGGUAUAAAAUGCCGAAGCUUAUUGCAAAGGUAGAGGGCAAAGGCAAUGGUAUCAAGACAGUCAUUGUAAACAUGGUUGAUGUUGCUAAGGCACUUGGCCGACCUCCAACAUAUCCUUGCAAGUAUUUUGGAUGUGAAUUGGGAGCACAGACCCAGUUUGAUUUCAAAAACGACCGUUACAUUGUAAAUGGAUCUCAUGAUGCAACCAAACUCCAGGAUCUUCUUGAUGGUUUCAUUAAGAGAUUUGUUCUCUGUCCAGAAUGUGAAAAUCCAGAGACUGUUUUACACCCAAAUGAAAAGAAGGCAACAAUCAAGCAGAGCUGCAAAGCUUGUGGUUACCAAGGAAUGUUGGAUAUGAGGCACAAGUUAACAACAUUUAUACUCAAGAAUCCCCCUGAUCUCAAGCCCAACCAGCAAGGUAAUUCUUGUACCAAGAGGAAAGAUCGCACAAAGAAGGCAGAAAAUGGGUCGCAUAAGGAGAGUUUAAGACCAAACUCACCACGGGCUGAUAAGUCAGAUGCAUCGGAUAAUGACAUGAAUGGUGAUGCUGAUGAUGAUGACAAUUGGUGCAUUGAUACCAGUGAAAAGGCAGUAAAGGAGAGGCAGGAAACCUUGACAUCUGGAGUGAAAAACCUCACUGUAUCUAAUGACAUUGAGAAGACGCAAAGUGAACGGCUGGAGGUGUUUUUCGAGUAUUGCAAGGCUAAAAAAGAUGCUGGCCUUCUGAAACCAGGUGCAGAGGUAUCCUUGUUUAAAGACAUUGCUUCAGAAGCAGAGCGGCUUGAAAUAAAAGAGAACAAAGCUGUAAUGGUGUUGGUGGAACUUCUGUUGGAUGAUAACAUAAUUAAGCAGAUUCCACAGUACCGUAUCCUCCUCCUGCAUUUCACUCAUGGAAAUCCCAAAUCUCAGAAGUAUUUCAUUGGAGCUGUGGAGAAAUUGAUAGAAUUGAAGAAAAAUGUAUUGCUACCAAGAGUUCCAGUUAUUUUGAAGGCAAUGUAUGAUAGUGAUGUUAUUGAAGAGGAAGUGCUCUUGGAUUGGGGUAAAAAAGUAUCUAAGAAAUAUGUCAGCAAAGAGGUUGCUUCUGAAAUACAUGAGAAAGCUCAACCAUUUUUGAAAUGGCUACAGGAGGCAGAAGUUGAAGAAACUACUGAAGAGGAGGAGGAUUCUGACAUAGAGAUUGAGUAUAAUGAGAAAGCAAGAGGCCAAACACUAAAAGAACAAGAAAGCAAAAAUGAAGAUGGAACUGUUACAGGGGCUCCAAAGAUUGUUGCUCCAGAUGAAGCAGAGGAAGAGGAAGAAGACAGUGAUGUGGAUAUAGACAACUUGUAAAUUGAUCUCUAAGGAAAAUCCUGACCUUAUACUAUUGGCAUUUUGGAUGAUACAUAUUGGAUGGGAAUAAAGAAAGAUACAAAUAGCAUAAUCUUGAUGAAAUAUUUUGUCAUUGUAAUUUUGAGCAUUUUGAUUUUUUUAAUGGAACUGUUAGCACUGAAUUUGAUGAUGAAGGUCUUUUGUGUUGCUGCAAUUGUAUAAUUUGGUAUGUUUGCUAAAAGUUAAAACAGUGUAUAGUACUUGCAGAAGAAAUUAAGGGAUUGAAAUUUCACGUAAGAAAUGUGUUGGUAAAGUGUCGUAAGUAGCUGCACUAAUACUUUAGUGCUCUAGAAUAUUUAGGUUAUAUUUUGAAGGUUUAUGACUCUUGUGGGUUUUUUUAUAGCAAGGAAAUUUACAAGCAUAUACCAUCUCCAUAGUCAGACUUACUUAAAAAUAUGUAGUCACUUUGCAAUUCAUUUUGCUCUAUACUGAUAACAAGCAUGUGAAAUUUGAUUACAUGUUAGGAUGAAAUUAGUUUGUUCCUUGUAUUUUCAUGAAACUGAAUUUUAGAGGUAUUGCUAAGUGAUAAAGCUUUACUCAACCUUUUUCUUAUCACAUAAUUUCUCAAAAGGUAUCACACAAAGCUGUUUUAGCCAGUGCCAAGCUACAUUAGAAAGCAGAAGUAUUUGCAUUGCUAACUAUGAGACAAGCUUUAAAAGUGGUUGUCUGUCUAGUUUAAGGUGUUGGAUUGCCCAAGUUGUACAUCCAAAUAUGUGGUUCAUAGCAAGCCUUCUCAUAUAUGGCAUAUAUUUUUUUUUUUUUUUCGGUGUUUGGGCCCAUUUUCAGGUAGUCAGCUUUUGAAAUAUAAUUUUAUACAUUGCUGUCUGUAAACAGAACAGGAAAUAUCCAGCUUGUGGGUUCUUGUGUAGUCUUAUAUCUUGGUGGAUUUUUUUUUUUUUUUUUUUUUUUUUUUUUUUGCGUUGUCAAAUAACGUAGCUGCAUAUGUGGCAGUGGAUGAUAAUGGGAGUGUUGACAUAAAAUGUUAGAAAGAAUAGGGAAGAAGCAUCUCUCUACCACUGAUAGAAAGUGGGAAGAAGCAUCUCGCUACCACUGACAGAAAGUAGGUAGAUAGUAUCAUCCUUAGUCUUUCAAUUUUAUUUUCAACACUUUUUCUCUUUUUUUGUGGUGUGGCGGCUUUUAAUUUUCCAUUGGAGACUAGUUUAGGACUGUGAUCUUAGAAGAAGUGGGCGAAGGAGAAAUGGCUUGAUUUGAGAUUUUACAUAAUUGCUUGGAUUCUCUAAAACAAAAUAAGAAUGUCUUUCAAUGCCAUUGAUCACUGAAAAAAAAUCAGCCAUAUCCUCUUUAUCCAUUUCAUGUAAUAGAAUGGCAUAUAUUGAAGUCAGUCUGAUAUAAGAGGCACAUUCCUAGUGUCAACCCGUACCCGAGUGACUCUCUUGGGAGUAGUGCCAUUCGUUACAUUCAUCUUGGGACAUCUCUCUGAAAGCUCUCUUUCAGGAAAGCAGUUUGACAGUCAGAUGUUCACAUUUAUUUUGUCUUUUGCAAAAUGCGCUGUUCUUAGGUUAUGAUGACUAUAUUUUAAUGAUGAGGCAGCUUGGUAGGGGUGACACUAGGUUGUUGGUCUGUUGGCCUUCUCAUUUUCCAUAAAACCAUUAAAUGUUGAUUAAUGUGGAAUUCUAUUUUUAAAAAAAACCUUGCCAAAUCGUAUGUAAUUUUAAACUGGCUGAAUGUAAUGUUUCUGUAAAUAAAUUGCAAGUGAGAAAAGAAGUGGAAUAAGAGAUUCAUAAUGUUCUGGUUGAAAGGUUGUGUUGAUUAUUCUCCCCCAGGUAGGGAGCACAGGAUGUAUUCUAUUCCACUGGUUUGCCAUCUGAAGAUAUGUAUUAGGCGGCUGCCGCAGAUUUUCUUUAUUUUCUUGUUUCUUUUUCUUUCUUUUUUUUGAAAUGUAAAGCUCUUGAAUAAUCGUUGCAGCAUCCA